UUUUAUUGUUUAUGUAUUUGUUUAUACCUUUCAAUAUUCUUCUUUCAUUUUGACUUCCAAACGCCCCUGGUUGCAAGGCCAAGUAACCCAUAGCAACCAGAUUGUCUUAGCACUUCCUGUCAACAACGUAAUAAUUCUUAAUUUUAAGUUUCCUCACCGUUUACUCAGCUAGCAGGUUACAGAGCCAUUAUUACACAUUAUAGUAUCACCCUAUUUACCCCUGACUAUCCCAGUCAAGACGUUGGAGAGACUCUUCUGACGGCGGCCAUGGCCUUUCUGCCCCCACUUGCCCCCCACUUGCCCUUGCUGCAGGGAACCUUUGUGAUGCAUUUAGAAGUGACAGUCUCUGUUAGUCAGAAGUGACAGGCGCUUUGGGGGCCCGCCGGCGGCCCAUGUGACCCUCCGCGCCACACCCUUGCUUGCGUCACCGCUCCCGGCGCCCCCUGAUGACAUCACUCUCCCUCCCCACUCAUUGUGGAAGAUGGCGGCUGCACAGUAAGCGCGCCUCCCCCGCGUGUGGUGACGGAGCGGCGAGCAGCCAGCAGCGGGACGUGAGCAUGAAGCGACAGAGCGAACGCGGGGAGCAGAGCCCCGGCCGCGCCAAGAGAGCCAGAGAGAGGCGGGAGGAGGCCGGAGGGGCUCACCAUAAAAGUUCGGGAAGGCGGGAGAGGCCUAACCAGGCCGGGGCCUCCUCCUCUUCGUCUUCUUCCUCCUCCCGCCGGCCCAGAGAUCCGCCGCCCCGGCCCCUUCUACUGACCGCUCCGGCCGAGGCCCCGGGCCUGGAGUACAAGACGCUGCUGAUCAGUAACCUGGGCUCGGCGCUGCCCGACCCGCUGCUGGAGGAUUGGCUCUUCCGGCACUUCCAGCGCUUCGGAGACAUCAGUGUGAAGCUGUCACACACCCCGGAGCUCGGCCGGGUCGCCUACAUCAACUUCCGCAGGCCGGCAGAGGCUCGCCAGGCCCGACACGCCAAGGUACGGCCGGUGCUGUACGAUCGGCAGCUGCGUGUGGAGCCGGUAUUCACUCAGCAACCGACCCGCCGGCCUGAGCCUUCCCCCCUCUCCCUCACCUCUCUGCCCAGCUACCCCCGAUCCACUUCCCCCAGGCACCUGCUCCUGCCCUCCUCUCUCACCUCUACAGCGGCCUCUGGGGAUGGCUACUACCCACUCUAUGAGGAGAGAGUCCGGGGGGCCACCUACGGUAUGAGCAGCACCAGUACGGCCGACGAUGAGCAGCUGGCCCCAGAGGAUGACCACCGAGCCACCCGCAAUCUCUUCAUUGGCAACUUAGACCACAUGGUGUCGGAGGUGGAUUUACGGAGGGCAUUCGAUAAAUACGGCCCCAUAGAGGAAGUGGUGAUCAAGCGCCCGGGGAGGGGCCAAGGAGCGGCGUACGCCUUCCUCAGGUUCCAAAACCUGGACAUGGCCCAUCGGGCAAAGCUUGCAAUGAGCGGGCGCUUGUUGGGGCGCAAUGCAAUGAAAAUUGGCUAUGGGAAACCCAACCCGAGCACACGACUAUGGGUGGGGGGGCUGGGCCCCAACACCUCUCUCGCAGCGCUAGCUCGGGAGUUUGACCGCUUUGGGAGUAUCCGUACAGUGGAUUAUGUCAAAGGAGACAGUUUUGCAUACAUCCAGUAUGAAAGCUUAGAUGCCGCCCAGGCGGCUUGUACGCAGAUGAGGGGCUUUGCACUGGGAGACCGUAGGCUUCGGGUAGACUUUGCCACUGUGUCGCCGGACGAGGCUGCUGCAGCUGCAUCUCGCUAUGCUCCUCUUCAGACAACUCCAUACCCUCUGCCUCUGCCCUAUGAGUUGUUGCAACCUGAAGCUUAUAGCAGGCAUCGUACUGCUCUGGACCCAGAUCUCAGAGUGAGAGAUAGGACCCCUCCGCAUCUUCUAUACUCCGAUCGCGAGAGACCGUUUGUGGAAGCCGGCUGGGUAAAUUCUGAGCGGCGCAGCUCAGGCCAAGGUGCACGGAGCAGAAGUGGGGACCGUGGGGGUGGAGGUGGUGGGGGCAGCAGUUCAAAAACACGGGAGGAAAGAAGGCGACGACGCAGCUUGUCUAGCGACAGAGUUCGGAGUAGAGCCGAGAGGAGCCCAGAUCGUCAAAGGAGGGAGCCUCCGGAAAGAGACCCUAGUACUCCUCCAUCCCCGCAACACAAUCACAGACCUUCAUCCCAGGACAAGCCCCGGCCCCCAACCCCUGACCCGCCCCAGCCCCGCAGGAAUCACCAUCCUAGGCCUCCUGAGCCACCUGCUGAGCGGCAAUCCCCUGGAGUGGAGAAGGGACGGACGCUGCCACCUGUGUGGUGUGGGCAUUUGGUACUUAAAAACAGCUGUUUUCCAACCUACCUUCAUUUCUUAGAGGGUGACCGUGAUGUGCCAGGUGCCCUACUCAAGGACCGUUCUUCUACAAGUGGAGGCAGCCUGGCACAACUUAAGAUUGCCCAGCGACUCCGGCUUGACCAGCCUAAGCUUGAGGAGGUCACCCGUAAAGUGAGACAGGGCACUGCCGGAGGCUAUGCUGUACUUCUUGCCACACAAGCCCCACAAAAUGAGGGGGCAAUACCUGGGGAACCUGGCUUACAGCGCCGCCUUCUCAGGAACCUGGUCUCCUACCUAAAACAGAAACAGGCGGCUGGAGUUAUCAGCCUACCAGUGGGAGGGAGCAACAAGGGCAGGGACCCCAGCGGCAUGUUGUAUGCAUUCCCUCCAUGUGACUUCCACCAGCUGUACCAGCAAAGUGCUCAGCGCCUUGUGGGCAAGCUAGAAGAGAACAUGAUUAUUGUGUUGGUGAAAGACAGCGCCUAAUCCAGAAGUCACUGUGCCCAAUGGUGCCCUGUUAGACUGUCCUGUGCCUACACUGUCCUCUCUCUGUUAUGGAUUUCUGAAUUGAUGGGGGCGGGCAACCAAAAAUAUGGGGGAGUUCAAGUUAGGACUGAACUGAGUGGAAUAAAUCAUGUAUCACUUUAGUUGUGUAAAAGGUUCUGCAACCUAAUUUACAAAGUGUUUUCUAACCCUGUUAGCUGUCGGUGUUCCAAUGCACGGCAAUGGCUAUUGUCACAGGUAUAUAAGGCAGUCAGAAGUGAGGAAUCAUGGGAAGGUACCACCACCCCGCUCACUGUAGUCUCUCCUCCACUUAGGGCCCCCUUUUCUAGUCAAAUUCCAACAGUAAACUUGCUGCUGGACAGAUCCAUUUUCCUUUUGUGUGCGCGUGUGUGUUAUUUUUACAUCCUGCCCCUUAGUGUAUUCUGCUCCCUAGCUCCGUAAUCGAGCACCUUAGAAAAGCUUUGUGUUUUUGGCUAGUUCAUAGAGUUUGUCACAUUGGGGAUACUAGUUCUGUUUUUAGGGUUUGUGUGCCUGUGUCCUGGAGACCUCAGUAGUCAGAGGAUCCCAAGAGUGCCUUAUGUACAUGUGACACUAGUGCAGCGUGUUCUGUCACUGAGCGUCCCUCUGGUGGCUGUGUAUGUGUGAGUGAGAGAUGUGGGGGUUGCAGGGCUGUUAGCAGAACCCAUGAGCCUGAUUAGUGGGAUAAAACUACCUGUUUAUAAUCAGAAGCAGCCUCCUAGGAUCAAACCCUGCUCAUUAUUUCUGCUUAAUGAAGCUCGUUAUGUGUGUGUGUGCGCGCCGAAGGGGGACUUAGGUUAUUACCACUACCUGACUGACUAGUAGCUGGCAGUUUGUGUUAAGGCUGAGUAUCUGUGUGCACUGCAUCUUCAUUAUUAGUCCAGGAACUUAGCAGGGGUUAACUUUAUCACUGCCCGGAGCCAACACAACACUGUUCUUAUGUUUGUUUACAUGUGUGCAAGCGUAUGUGUGUGCAUUUUACAUAUAUUUAAUGAACACGUAAAGGUGUACCCAUUCUCCAAUAUCACAAUCUGUAUGUAAUAGCACAUCUGGCGGUUCUGUGUAUGUAUCUUGCACGCACAUACUCCGUAGGUAUGUAUAUAUUGCUGAACCAUAUACAUGUGACCAAACAAGACUUCUCUCACCCUCUUAUAGGUGUGGAAUGACAGCACUCAAGUUAAAAAUCAAAGCAUAUUCUGCUAUCUAUGGGGUUAUAAAUACCAAUGUAUGUAGAACCAUUUUUUAAAAAUCCAGAAAGGCGAUAUAUAUAUAUAUAUAUAUAUAUAUAUAUAUAUAUAUCUAUACAUUCAAAUUUCUGUUCUAGAAAUACAUGCAUCAACAGGCAGGAUGAACUAAGCGCAGCUUGGAGAUAUAACCGUGGGCGCCCAAGGGUUUUGCCAUAGACAUUACCACAUGUUUGGGGUGUAGCUUGGGGAUAUAGGAGCCGUACUAUGCAAAGAUAAAAUAAACAGUAGAGGGAGGAAACACUAAUCUUCCAUCCAUGUUCUUAUAUCCAGCCCGUGCCAUGUGGGGGUUUUACCAGCUGCAGUUUGGGGCUUUUUGAUGCAUGUAUUCUAAAUUAUUAUCUCUCUAAAAUGUUGCCUUUAAUAUAUUUUUUUUGCUUUGUGUACAUUGUUGGCAAAGCUGAUGGCACAAUACAGUUUCUAUGGUUUGUACAUUACAAGAGGAGCAUUGCUUUAUACGUUAUGUUUUGAUAUUUAAUUUGAGUGUUCCCCCCAUCCCCCCCCAACAUUGUGUUGCUAAGAUACUCAUAACAGCUAUCCUUAAGCUGGCCUUACACUAAUAGCUCCACUUGUUUGGUACCCUAGCCAAACUAGUGGAUCUUUGCCCAGUUUGUUCACCUAUCUUCUGGGCCAAACUGGGCUGAUCGGAUCACUUGGCCAACAGUAGAAUCCUAAUAACGGCUUAUGCACACUUCUCAGGCCUAGCACGACUAUUUUGAAAUCUGCCCAGUAGAUAUGUGGCUGAGUUUCAGGCAGAGAUCUAUCGGGCAGUCAGUCCAUAGCUCCCUUACCCCCCUACAUUUACACCAGACUCAUUUUAUUUGUUCCCUGUUUAACUCAAGCUGGUUUUUUGGUUGGGAGCCAAGUCUUUCUUGGCUUGUCCUUGUUUUAUCCCGAAAGGUUCUGUGCUGCUGGAUGGGUAGCUGAUAAGGUCCUGAAGAUGCCUUUGUACCCAGAACCCAAGCUCCUAGUAUGUAAUUACAUUUGUUUAAAUCUUUAACAUGUAUGUUUUGGUGAAUUUCCAACCCCUUCUCUCCAGUUAGAGGCUUUGGCCUUUAUUCUCCCCCCUUCAACCAACAGAAAAAAUAUGCAUUUGCUUUUAGUGGCUUUUUAUGUUUCUAGGGAGCCAGAGUGUCCAGAGGCCAAUAUGUUCCGAAUGUAGAGAGAGAAAUUUAAUAAAUAACACUGAAUUUUCAAGACCACGUGUAAAAGGCUGAAAGUGUUUCAGAUGCAACAAAAAGCUCAGCACAAGCCCCAGUACUUUAUAUAUAAUUACUCACACCCACACCAGCCUGCUGGCCAUUCUGCGCAUUCAGUUAUUGCCGCUGACCUCUAACCAACUCCCCUUUUUGCCCAUUUGGCUCUUAAGCAUCAAGCACCUAUGGUGCCAGCCUUAUGUGCCAACUGUGCCAAUCAUCAGCGGGGCAUCAGAUGCGCAAGGAAGGGGGAGUUUUAGGUGCGUCAGUGUCAGUAACUCUCCAGGGUUUCUUUAUAUGGCCAGCAUGUGGCUAAAAUACACAGACACAAAAAACACUUUUUCAUUCAGUAGACCAGGUUGCUGGUCCUGGCCUCAUGUUUUAAGGUAAUGGUAAAAAAUAGGGUAUUACUCUGUUACAUAAUGUGUCACAAACUGCAUUUCUGGUGUCUGAGGAGAGAAUAUCCUCAAGGGGCACCUAUUCUGUCUGUUCUUGUACAGCAGAAAAAGAGGCUGUUGCUGGCCUCCUAGUGCAGUGCUGUUGCUGCACACCUUACUCUCACAUCCAUUAUUUUGCCAAGUGCAGUGCAUCAGUACAGAGAAAAUAAAACACAUUUCUUU